UGACGGCCAUCGCUCGUCCAAUUCCUCCGUAGAAGAAGAAUCGGAUUCUCUCUCUCUCUCUCUCUCUCUCUCUCUCUCUCUCUCUCUCUCACUAUAUAACCUUUUUCUCACCUGGAGCAGACACUUCUUUCUCUCUGGUGUCUCCGGCAACCGGUGAAUAGUGAUCGUUCAUUUAUCCUCAUUUGGUGAUUUAAUUUGAUAGGCUCACAUCAUAAGGUAGUAGUAGUACUACUGCUACAGACAUAUAUCACAGAAGAUGGUAUACUGAUUGGCGAAAGUAAUUGUUACACAUUUUGCACGUGAGUGAAAAUGGGGUCUGCUUGUUGUGUUGCUGCUAGAGACAGAAGAGCUAUAACAAAUGGAUCAAGUAGUGAUGUGAUCCCAAGAAAUAUCCGGUAUUCUCCAUCAUGGGGUGUUAGGUGGGAGAACAGGAGGCGUGUAGCAGGUGAAGAAGCUUCCAUGACUUGGUAUUCUGAUAGUGCUACUGUUGCCACAAAUGACAGGCUGGACAAUAAAUCUCAAACAACAGUUGGAACUGCUUAUGCAUCAGAAGAGGGUAGUCCAUUGGAAAGUUUUAGAAAUCUGACGUGGCAAAAGUCAUCACCUUCUGAAGGAUACCCGGUUCCUCAAUCAGAAGCUCAAUCUCUCUCUAAAAACCCAACCAAAUUAUCAUCCCCAUCCACACAGACACCCUUUUCAGCAUCCCCACCCCCACCAAGACAUCCCACAUGUUCCCCGGGUCGCCAGGUGUCACACAGCCGGAUCCCAUCUACAAAGUCCUCAAACCUCUCAAUCUCAGAAGAAGGCCCCGGGUCCGGGUGGAGCAACGAAUUAAACCGUGGAUCUUCAGACGGGUGGUCCAUAUCCAUACCCAUACCCAUACCCGUACCCGUACCCGCUUCCAACGAGUCAUUCGAUAGCGAGUCAUUGAACUUUAAAAUGAGCCGAUCAAGUGGGGGGGUUUCGUCCAUUGAUAUGCAGACAUGUGGCGCGUGUUCCAAGCUGUUAAGCGAAAAGUCGUCAUGGGGAACACAGAAGAUUAUAGCGAAUAAUGAGCUGGCGGUUGUGGCUAUUUUGAUAUGCGGGCAUGUUUAUCAUGCAGAGUGUUUGGAAAAUAUGACGGAUGAGAUCAACAAGUAUGAUCCGGCGUGUCCUGUUUGUACUUUUGGUGAGAAACAGACUUUUAAAAUGUCGGAAAAAGCAAUAAAAGCGGAGAUGGAAUUGAAGGCUAAGAUUAGUAGGAAGAAAUCAAGAACUAGAAGCCGGGUGGUGGAUGGUGAUGAUGAUGAUGAUGAUGAUGAUGUUAUUAUGUUUGAUAAUAGUGGUAGCAAGAGUAGAAGCCAUAAUCAUAAUAAUAAGAUGAGUUCAAGCUCUAGCAUGAAGAAUUCUAUGGGGAAACCAAAAACGCCUUUUUUAAAGAGACACUUCUCCUUUGGUGGAGUGACCUCACCUCACCUUUUUCCCUCUAAAAGGUAUGAGUAAGGGUAGUAGGAUUAGCUCCUUGAAGAUACUCAUUGUAAAGCGGGUUUUGAACUACACAUAGGUGGUCAUGGUAUUGGUAAUACCAUAACCAUGUUCAUGAUUCAUGAAAUUUGGUAUAUAUAGCUCAUUGGGGAAAAGCUAGUAUAAACAAAGGAAUUCAGUGAAACUGGUAGAACAGAUUCUUUUUUCUUUUUCAAGUGGUGUAAGUUUAAAGUUUGUUUAUUGUGUUUUUCUUGCAUUAUAAUUGGAAAAGAAAAAAAGUAAAGGUAAUUUGAAUUUGGUGAAACUCAACUUGUCAAAUGUCAACUUCCGUGUGCACUUUUCAUUUUGUUGACUUUGGGAGUUAAUUUUUGCUUUAGCGUUGGCCAUUCUAAAAUUAAUUAAACACUUUUCA